UUUCCCGAUGCCAAAUUGCUCUCUAGGAAAGUCUUAACGAUUAUAGUCCCACUGGGGGCGUCCAGAGUGCCCGUUGCCUGUGUCAUCAGCACCAUGGACAUUGCUUUAAAGCUGAUGGCUCACAGUUCUAAAAUUGGGCAAUUCUUUGAUUACAAGUGGGAUUGAAAUUUUUAAAAAUUAUGUUUAUUGGCCUGAAGCAUUUUGCCUUUUACAGAUCUGUUGCUAGUUUCUCUAGGUACGUGUCCCAUUUUUCAAAAUAGAUUUUUAAGACCUCUUUACGUUUUAAGAGCUCUUUACGUUUUAAGAAUAUUAACCUGUUUCCAUUGUAAUCAGUGUUUCACAGGACCUCUGUUCUAAUAUAGUUUUUUAGCGCUAAGGUCCGGAAUGCAAGGUUGCGUACUUACCAUGGACAUUUUCAGUGCUUUGUGGUGCAUCUACCAUGAACACCAGCGGUGGAGGAGCAGCACCGGCCUUCACCGUGAAUACCGUAUUUGCCGUCUUUUGGAGAAAUCACUGGUGGUUUUUGAGACAGUUGUUCUGUGCUUUCUUUAAACAAAGUUUAUUUGAAAGUGGAAACGACUCAAUGCCUAAACAAAUGGUGUUAGCUUUGUCCAAAAAAAAUAUUUGGUUAAUAGAUUUUAUUUUGGUAGAUCCUAAGGUUUUGGUCAGUCCGAGAAAUGAACCUGUAGCUUUAAGUAUUUUCAGAAUCUGCUGCCAACCUAUUUGAUUGGGAAUUAUAUCCUCUAGCUCUCAAAGAAGGUGGCCGGUCGGCUGCUGAGCCCUCUGCCGUGCGGAGAGACGGUUUGCGCCUUGCCCGCGGCCACUAACCAUGACUAUGACCCUCCACACCAAAGCAUCCGGAAUGGCUCUGCUGCACCAGAUCCAAGGGAACGACCUGGAGCCCCUGAACCGCCCGCAGCUCAAGAUCCCCCUGGAGCGACCCAUAGGCGAGGUGUACGUGGACAGCAGCAAGCCUACUGUCUACAACUACCCCGAGGGCGCCGCUUACGACUUCAACGCUGCUGCUGCUGCCUCCGCUCCCGUCUACGGCCAGUCCAGUCUAGCCUACGGCCCUGGGUCCGAGACCACAGCGUUCGGUGCCAACGGCCUGGGGGGCUUCCCUCCGCUCAACAGAGUGUCACCAAGCCCCCUGGUGCUGCUACACCCGCCAACGCAGCUCUCACCCUACCUGCACCCCACCGGCCAGCAGGUGCCCUACUACCUGGAGAACGAGCCCAACGGUUAUGCCGUGCGCGAGGCCGGCCCUCCCGCAUUCUACAGGCCAAAUUCAGAUCAUCGGCGUCAGGGUGGCAGAGAAAGAUUGGUCAGCUCCAGUGACAAGGGCAGCCUGGCUAUGGAGUCUGCCAAGGAGACGCGCUACUGUGCAGUGUGCAAUGACUAUGCCUCUGGCUACCACUAUGGAGUCUGGUCCUGUGAGGGCUGUAAGGCCUUCUUCAAGAGAAGUAUUCAAGGACAUAAUGACUACAUGUGUCCGGCUACCAACCAGUGCACAAUUGAUAAAAACAGGAGGAAGAGCUGUCAGGCCUGCCGGCUGCGCAAGUGCUACGAAGUGGGCAUGAUGAAAGGUGGGAUUCGGAAAGACCGAAGAGGCGGGAGAAUGUUGAAACACAAGCGGCAGAGAGAGGACGGGGAGAGCAGGCACGAAGCCGGGUCCUCGGGAGACAUGAGAGCUGGCAGCAUUUGGCCCAACCCUCCCUUGAUCAAGCACAUGAAGAAGAACAGCUCUGCCUUAUCCUUGACAGCCGAGCAGAUGGUCAAUGCCUUGAUGGAGGCUGAGCCCCCCCUAAUCUAUUCCGAGUACGAUCCUACCAGACCCUUCAGUGAGGCUUCCAUGAUGGGCUUGCUGACCAACCUCGCGGACAGGGAGCUGGUUCACAUGAUCAACUGGGCAAAGAGGGUGCCAGGAUUUGUGGAUUUGACCCUCCAUGAUCAGGUCCACCUUUUGGAAUGUGCCUGGCUAGAGAUCCUGAUGAUUGGUCUCAUCUGGCGCUCCGUGGAGCACCCAGGGAAGCUCCUAUUUGCUCCUAACUUGCUCUUGGACAGGAACCAGGGAAAAUGUGUAGAGGGCAUGGUAGAGAUCUUUGACAUGUUGCUGGCAACAUCAUCUCGGUUUCGUAUGAUGAAUCUCCAGGGAGAGGAGUUUGUGUGCCUCAAAUCCAUCAUUUUACUUAAUUCUGUUGUCCCAGUUUUUCCCUGUUUGCCCUCCCCCGCCCAAUCCAAGCAAGUCAUGGGUCCACCAAGACUCCAGGGAGGAGUGUACACAUUUCUGUCCAGUACUCUGAAGACUCUGGAAGAAAAGGACCACAUCCACCAUGUCCUGGACAAGAUCACAGACACGUUGAUCCAUUUGAUGGCCAAGUCAGGUCUGACUCUUCAGCAGCAGCACCGGCGCCUGGCCCAGCUCCUCCUCAUCCUCUCCCACAUCAGGCACAUGAGUAACAAAGGCAUGGAGCAUCUGUACAACAUGAAGUGCAAGAACGUGGUGCCGCUCUACGACCUGCUGCUGGAGAUGCUGGAUGCCCACCGCCUGCACUCCCCGGGCGGCCUCGAGGGCGUCUCCAUGGAGGAGCUGCACCAGGGCCCGAUGGCCACCGCGGGGCCCCCUUCGUCACAUUCCUUGCACACGUACUACAUCCGUGGGGAGGCAGAGGGUUUCCCUGCCACGAUGUAAGAGCUCCCUGGCUCCACCGAGUUUCUGAGAAUCCCCGCAGCCUUCUGCCCACGUCAUCCACCACGACAGCAAACUCUGCUCCCAAACGCACUCCAGCAUGCAACCACCAACCACUAUGGCUUUAUAAUACGAGUGGCCAUCCGUUUGCUUGCUCAGCUCUUAGCGGCGCGCCUUCUUUUGGGAACAGCCAAAGGGACGCCAGGGCUAAAUUCUUUGUAACAGCUCUCUUCCUCCCUUUGCUGCCUUCUAAGCAUAAGGAUUCCUGCAGCUUUUCAUAACUGAACUCAGUCUAGGAGCUGGGGCUCAGACGAGCCGGGGCAUUUGAGCUCCUUGUCGAGAGCCAGGCCUGGAGAGCGGACAUUUCACCUCUGUGAAGCACUUUUUAACGAAUCUAAGCCACAGGAAAGAAUGGGAAGUGGCUCCUUUAAAUGCUGACUUGGAGAAAGCUAGAUCAAGGGUCUAUUACAGUGUCCUCUUGUAUUCCUAGAGUAACGUAUCAUUGAUUGAAGUAACACUUUAUUGCUCGGUCGCGUGGCUGUAGCCGACUUAUUCAGCGAUUGUCUAUUCAUUUCCCCCGUAGGAAUACAGGGUGCACACAGGGAAGGAAGAUCCCCUAGUUGUCAAGACUUUGUCAACUGAAUACACUGCACCUUCAGAUUUGCUGCACACUCUCUCGUUGGCUUUUGAGAGCACUACGUACAGGUCUUGGGUCCCAGUUAACCCCCGCUUCCCGGGGACCUGUGGAAAAGAGCAAGCUGAUCCCAGUUAAGUCACCUCCCCAUAUGCCAGCAUUCCUGUGAAGGAUAAAAUUCUUGUUUAUUUUUUUUUUAAUUUUUGUUUUUGUUUUAUAAGAGAGAGCCCUCUCCCCACACGGCCUGCAGUGAGUCCGCGUCAGGAUCUGUUGCGGUGUGGUCUCACACAGACAGCAGGGGGCGCUCUGCUUGGAUCUUCCUGGUGUGUAAUUUACACCGAACGUGAAUUAGUCUCGCGUAGAGUGCCCAGCCUGUGACCAAAAGCCCUUUCAAUGAGUGGGCACCCUAGUGACACUGUAAGCCCUGGGGCACUGGGCUAAAAUAGUAAAUGUGCAUGACCAUUGUAGUAGGUACUAGAGGACAGGGAGGAAACGGUUGACACUGGAUGAGUCUGCGAGGCUCAGGGUGGCCCUGCCACGGGCUGCGGCUCCCCAGGACUGCCACACUGCACUGCGGGCUGCCCUGGGCUCCACGGGGCAGCCCUCUCCUCUCCAUUCCCCCGCGCACGGCCCUGAUUGGACGGCUGUACCCCUGCGGUUGGCAGAGCACACUCUGAAGCCAGGGUGGGCGCCGUGGAGUGCAGCGCACCCUACCCUGGCGGCGCCUGGGGCCUGCCCACACGACCCACGUGCCCUUGGUUAUUUAGACAUCUUCCAAAUACAAAGGUUUGGGCUUGGGGGAGUGGAGGAAGAAAAACUUCCCCCAGAGCUCAUUUCAUUAAACUGUAUAAGCCAGAAGAGCAAGACUAGAAUUGUUGAUCUAUAGACAGAAAAAGAAAGUCUCACUCCAGCCACAGGGCAGCCUCAUCUAGGACCUUUGCCUGUCGGGAGAGCAAUUACGGGUUUCCUCUUCUCCGCUGAACAGGAAGCUUGGUUUCCUCCAGUGACCUCACCGUCCAUAAUCUGAACCCUGCUGAGAGGUGAUGUGUCAGCCAAUACCCCAGCCAAGUUUCUAGGGCUUCUCUGGGGAUGCCUAUUUCAAGACGUGGAUUUCACUAAUUUCUAAUUGCCCAGUCGGUGGUCACUAAGGGACUGGGAAUCAGGAAGGGCAACAUUUUUUUUUUUAAAAAAGGGGUAGUUUUUUCCAGAUAUGUGCAUCUAAACUUGGGGGCAAUUUUAUGUAUUGUCCAUUAAGAAUAUGUUUGGAACAUAAUUCUUUUGUUGUUGUUUUGUUUAAGAAGCACCUUCUAUAGUAUAAUAUAUAUAUUUUUUUGAAAUUGCAAUGCUUGUUUAUCAGACAAUUGAAUGUAGUAAUUCUGUUCUGGAUUUGAUUUGACUGGGUUAACAUGCACAACCAACAAAAAUAUUCAGUUUUUUUUCUUUGUAUGCAGUCAUUGAUUGAUGCCUAAGUCCUGGUGAUUAUUCAUUUAAAUGAAGAUCACAUUUCAUAUCAACUUUUAUAUCCACAGUAGACAAAAUCGCACUAAUCCAGAUGCCUAUUGUCGGAUAUUGAGUGAUAGACAAUCUUAUGUAGCAGAGAUUAUGCCUGAAAAGGAAAAUUUAUUCAGGGCAGCUAAUUUUGCUUUACCAAAAUAUUAGUAGUAAUAUUUUUGGACAGUAGCUAAUGGGUCGGUGGGUUCUUUUUAAUGUUUAUACUUAGGUUUUCUUUUAAAAAAAUAAAAACAGACAAAAAAUAUUAGGACUAUAGAUGAUAUAAUACCAGCUAAAUCCAAACAAUGCUACAGUGGAGGGUUUUACAUUAUUCAUCCGAUGUGUUUGUAUUCAUAUUAAGAUACUACUAUAUUUGAAAUGGGCAGAGAAUACCAGAAGGCUGGAAUGUUAGCCCAGGAGUCUCAAGUGAUUAUAGAAAUCUCUUUUUAUUCUUAUUUGAAGUGCCACUAAUGGACAGCUGACACUUUGUAGCUAAUGUGACUGUCCAGUGUAGGGAACAUACUGUGAUUUUCCCCCACGGUGAGGCAAUUGAGAGUUUAAAAGACACGAUCGGCCUGGGGCGGGGGAUGGGGUGCUGUGGAGAAGUGGGCUCAGGAAUCUGGAGAAUGGGAAAUACGGCAAUAGGAGUCUGGAAAGUGUUGUGAGGCGGAUCAAUGCUGGUGUCUGCAGUACACACCAGGGUUCAGACUUCGGCCCUGUGAACCACAAAUCACUAGCACUAUCUGACAGCCAUUUCUGAAAUGACAGCUCGAGUUCCCCGGGAAGGACCGGUGGCAUCUGCAGUCCAGGCCAAGGACUAGCCAGCGGCCUGGGUUCCUGUUGGCCGUUGCCAGGCUCUAGGCUUGCUGUCACGAUUCUGUAAUGCCGUCACGCGACAAUCACAGAGGCUAGUUCAUCCAAAGAGAACACAAAAUCCCUAGGGAAGUGCCAUCUGAGACUAGUUCUCCCAAAUAACUUUGUAAGUAUGUUUAACCGCGUCAAUACCCCAUGCCUUUCCAGGGCCGAACAAACAAGGGCCUUACUGAUAAACUACUUUUGGUCCCAUUCAGGUCUUCUCACCUGUUAACAAUCUUAUAGAUUCCCAUGGCCAUUGAUGUAGGCCACUGGUAUAGAGUACCCCUAGAUGGAACCCAUCCUAGAUCAUUUUCCUAUUCCAAAUCUUCUGCCAACUCUGAGAUGGACCGUGCACAAUGGGAAUGAUCACUAGGGCCGGAGUCAUGUCUAAUAUUCACCAGCAAACCUGCUUUGGGAGAGGAAUUAUUGAAGGCAAGUAGAGUCAUACACUAGCUUAGGAGGCGACCACAGUUCUCUCUGGAGCAAGUCUUGGGAGGAUGGGCCCAGAUCACACCGAGUACUUCCUUAGGUGAACUCCCUGCAAACUUACCCUCAGCUGUAGCAGAUGACUUUCACUGCGGUUCCAAACACCCAUCUUUCUCUUUCAUGUGACUACUCUAACCGCAUUUCCUUUCCAUUUGGAUUUAAGUGAGAGUGGCCUCUUUCUAAGUCGUUUUCAAGUGUUUUCUAAGUAACGGCUGCCUCUAUUAUGGCACUUCAAUUUUUGCACUGUCUUUUAGAUAUUCAAGAAAAAUUUCUAUUCUUUUUCUCACAUCCAAAUGUGCCUGAACUUUUAAAAUAUGUAAAUGCUGCCAUUUUUUAACCCAUCUCGAGUGUGUUUGCACAGAGCUGUGUACCCUGGACACAACAUACAGCCCCAUGAGCAGGUGCCUGAGACACGGACCCCUUUGCAUUCACAGAGAGGUCAUUGGUUACAGAGACUUGAAUUCAUAAGUGACAUUAUGCCAGUUUAUGUUCUUUCAUGACUUAAAAACAAUGCUUUUUGUGCACUACAUACUCUUCAGUGUAGAGCUCUUGUUUUAUGGGGAAAGGCUCAAAUGCCAAAUUGUGUUUGACGGAUUUAUAUGCCCUCUUGCUGACGCAGACCAUUACUGAUGUGAUUCUGUUUUGUUGCAGCUUUGCUUUGUUUAAUGAAACACACUUGUAAACCUCUUUUGCACUUUUCAAAAGUAAAGAAUCCAAUGGGAUGCUCAAGCACCUGUAAACAAUUUUCUCAAUCUAUUUGAUGUUCAAAUAAAAAAUUAGACAAAAGCAA